AUGAAGAGUGGAUUUAGGAAUAUGAAGUUAUACCUAUCCUUUCUGCUGUUGCUGCUUUCCAUAAACAUAGUCUGGGGUGAUGAACGCUUUUAUCCUGAACGAUAUCAGAAACAAUCAAAUACGCCAAUCAAAGGACCACCUUUUCUGCCUUUCAGUGUAAAAACUCCUGUUUCACAGGCAAGGGGGGAACAAGGCCCUCAAGGCCCAGCAGGCCCUCCUGGCCCCAGGGGGUUCCCAGGCCCUUCAGGAGCACCAGGAAAACCAGGCUAUGGAAGACAAGGGCCUCAAGGGCCACCAGGACCCCCAGGACUUUCAGCUGUUGGAAAGCCAGGCACGCCAGGCUUGACAGGAAGACCAGGAGAGAGAGGACUCCCUGGUGAAAAAGGAAACAUGGGGCCUGCUGGUCUUCCAGGGCCUAGAGGUCCCCCUGGGGCCCCUGGUCCUGCAGGAAUUUCUGUGGCUGGGAAGCAAGGGCUGCCAGGACUCCAAGGACCAAGAGGCUUGCCUGGAGAAAAAGGUGACCCAGGCACUCCUGGUAUUAAAGGGGCAAAGGGAGAAAAUGGGUAUGGGGUUCCAGGUCGCCCAGGGGAGAAAGGUGUGCUAGGGCCACAGGGGCCUCCAGGACGCGCAGGGAUAGGAAGGCCUGGGGAAAGAGGGCUUCCAGGGCACCCAGGUAUUAAAGGGGACAAAGGUUUACCAGGCUUACCAGGACCAGUUGGCCUUCCAGGUCCCCAAGGCCCUUCUGGGAAACCCGGAGUGCCGAGAAAAGGACUCCCUGGCCCAAGUGGAUCACCUGGCCUCCCAGGAACCCCUGGGGCAAAAGGACUUCCUGGCCCUCCAGGCUCAACUGGGCCCUCUGGUCUCCCAGGAUUUGGGAAACCUGGAUUGCCAGGGAUGAAGGGAAGUAGGGGGCCUGAAGGACUCCCUGGUAGCCCAGGAGCCAAGGGAGAACAGGGUCCAGCUGGUACCCCUGGAGAACCUGGACCAGUUGGGCUCUCUGGGGAAACAGGUCCUCAAGGGCUGAGAGGUGCCAGUGGUAUAAGUGGUAAACCUGGGCUCAAAGGGGAAAGAGGCCCUGCAGGUCCAGCAGGAUUGGCAGGUAUUAAAGGAGAAAGAGGCUUGCCAGGAUUGGAGGGCAGAGCAGGGAAGCCAGGGGAGCCAGGGCUUCCUGGCUCCAAAGGCUAUCCAGGUAUGGGAGGGUCUAAAGGAGAUCCAGGCCCUGCUGGGCCACCUGGUUUACCUGGACCAAUGGGGUCAUCAGGACCUAAAGGUGCAGCAGGAGUCAAUGGUCAGCAAGGCCCUAGAGGAUCACCUGGAAUACCUGGUACAAGAGGACCAGUUGGUCCUUCAGGUAUUCCAGGACUCCCUGGCAGCAAAGGGAACACAGGUGCACCAGGAUUACCAGGUCCAGCUGGAAUUUCAUCCAAAGGUUCAGAUGGACCUAUGGGACCACCGGGGCCACCAGGUUCCAAAGGCCGCCCUGGGGAGCCUGGAUUGCCAGGCCCUCCAGGUCCCCCUGGUCCUCCUGGACAAGCAAUCCUCCCACCAGGACAAGCCCUGGCAGGAGUGCCAGUUAUAAAAUCUGGUCCAAUUCAAGGUCUCACUGGCAGACCGGUGUCAGCUUUCACUGCCAUUCUUUCCAAAGCUUACCCUGCAUCUGCUGCUCCUAUCAGAUUUGAUAUAAUUUUGUACAACAAACAACAGCACUAUGACACCCGAUCAGGCAUCUUCACCUGCAGGAUACCAGGGCUUUACUACUUCGCCUACCAUGUUCAUGUCAAAGGCACACAUGUUUGGGUUGGCCUGUACAAAAAUGGCUCACCCAUCAUGUACACCUUUGAUGAGUACAAGAAAGGAUACCUUGAUCAGGCUUCUGGUAGUGCUGUUGUUGACCUCAUGGAAAAUGACCAAGUCUGGUUACAGCUGCCCAACAAUGACACAAAUGGCCUUUACUCAUCAGAGUACGUCCAUUCCUCCUUCUCAGGUUUCUUAUUUGCACAAAUGUAA